AUGUCCGAUGAAAAUGCUCAAAGUGAAAGUAAUCAACUGCAUACUGAUGAACCACAAAUUACUCCAGAAAAUCAAGAUACAUCAACGCCGACAUCAGAAAAAAGGAAAAUUAUCAACGAAGAUAAUAGUAAAUUGGAUAAAGCCUUUAAAAUUCUGGAGUCGGCGGCAUCGGCCUCAGCUGAAAAGACUGAAAGUCAAUCAUUUGGACAGUUUGUUGGAAAGAAAUUAGAAACAUACAACCAACAAGUUAGAAGUAUUGUGCAAUAUGAAAUGUCAAAUAUUUUAUUUAAAGCAGAUUCUGGAUAUUUUAAUCAACAACUCACAUCAACUUAUCAAAAUAACCACUACCGUUAUAAUUCUGAUCCAUCAAAUUAUAAUCCACAUAAUUAUCCGACAAACAUACACACUUCACUGUCACACACAUUGCCAGCUCGUGAGACUAAUAUUACAUAUUUACCAGUACCACAAACAUCACCAGCUACAAUUACACACACAUCUACACCACAUACAUUACCUGCAAAUACGUAUACCUCAGAAGAAUUGGAUUUUAGUGACAUUAUAGUGUGA